AUGCUCAAAUCAACAGGCUUCAGAAACCUCGAAGGCUCCCCUGGUCCAUUUCAACACUCUCACAAACUUGAAGAUGGAAUGUUCUCAUGGCUCAUGAAAAAUCCUGCCAUGAUGAGUAACUUUAACGCUUUGAUGGCUGGAUCGCUAGAGACCUGCCAAGACUGGUUCAGCACCUUUCCCGUGGAUGAGAUUGUUCUCAAUAACGUGGUGAAAGACAACUCUCAAGUGAUUCUGCUGGUUGAUGUAGGAGACAGAGAAGGUCACGAUAUCCAGGCAUUUCAUGAUGUUUACCAUACUGCCCCCGGUAAGCUCGUCGUGCAAGAUCUUCCACCGGUGUUGGUCAACAUCAAAGACAACAAACUGAGCCCUGCAAUCAUCUAA